AUGCUUUCUUCGGACCCAUCUACGAUACUUAUAAUCAAAGAUUCAUGGCAAUUCCCCGAACGGGAAAUAGAGGGAAAAUUAUUACACGAGGCAACCGAAAAAGAUGUUUAUAACGUCGCCCAGUACUACUACCACAAGACCAUCCACAUUAAUAAUAGUGUCAAUAACAUCCAACUUGACAUCCGAAAAGGAUUGGACAUUACCAAAGCCUCCAACUACAAGGUGCAGAGUUUGAAUACGCCUCGCGCGUCCCAGAUUUCCCAGGGCAGCAAGAGGUCAUCUAGCCAAAUUGGCGCGCCUCUGCCAGCAAGCAAGCGAUCCCGCUCGGAAUCUCCGGUAAAAAGAGACCCUAUCCACCCCAGUUCACCGCCGAAUCGCAUCCAUCGACGUGUUAUUGUUCGUGACUACGGACAAAACAUUUACGAAACUAGCUCAUGUAUGGCCCUCCUUACUGCAUUUAAAAGCUACAUACAAGGAUAUAAGUUAUUGCUCAAGGCCGGCAUCCUCCACAGAAACAUAUCAAUCAACAAUAUCAUAAUCAAUAAAGAUGGUAGCAACCCUUCAAGAUUCUUGAUCAAUCUCAACCUUACCAUCAAAGUACAGCAAGAAGAUGCUUCAGGCACGAAGGGAAAGACCAGUACGAGGGCUUUUAUAGCGAUUAGGAUGCUUAAAGAUCGUCAACAUUCUUUCAAGCACGACCUCGAAUCCUUCUUCUGGGUGCUAUUCUGGAUAUACAUACAUUAUAAUGGUCUGAAUAAGGAAAGAUCCAUUCCCGAAUUUGACAAGUGAAAUGUCGUUGGCAUAAGCGAAUUGGCAACAUUGAAAAGAGGUACCGUUACGGACGAGCAAGACUUCAUCGAGAUACUUACUGAAAACUUUAAGCCAUAUUAUAAGCCUUUGAUACCUUGGGUUAAUAGGUUGCGAAGGGUAGUGUUUGAUAAGCAAGGGGUAGAUAGAAAGUUGUAUUCUCGCAUGCAAGAGGUCCUUCGCGACGCUCAAAAAGACGAGAAGGUAUCAACUAAGUAAUGCGGCGAGCAAUUAAUGCUCAUAGGUAUAAUCAUUUCCUAUUUAUCCAUCGCUCCGUAGUAACACGAUGAAUGCCCGUAAAAGGUGUGUCAGCCGCGAGUCCGAUAGUUUUCUAACGGUCCCUAAAGGCCAGAAGUUCUAAGAUCAUAGGGAGCAAAAAUUCUGACAAUAGCCACGAUAUUCAUCGUUGGUUGAUAAUUUCUACUACCCUGAUCGCUUAA